UUACAGCAACCUAGUGAUUCCGGUCAUGAAAGCCUUCGAGGAAACAAGAAUGUCGAGAGUUCGGUUCCCCUUCCUUGUUGAUCCAGGAAACUAUAAGGAAACUCCUUAUAUUCCGGUGGGAAAUGAUUUCAGAUUAUUUGAAGGGCUCUGGAUUCUCCCCACCCACUCGAAUGAGGCCUGGUUAAGGAAGGAAGGCAUUGGAUGUGUUUGGUUUUUUCAAAAUCCCGUACCCAGAUUCUACCAGUUGGAAAUGAAAGAACAGAAGGCUCCGCAAUUUAAGGGGCCAAACAAGGACAUUGGCGGGCCCUCGUGCUUUUCCUGUGUGGGGAUUUUAAUUGCUGAAGGGCUGGGGAAAGGGGGGAGAUUUCCAUAGGGACUGUGGAUCGUGCCUCACUGUGCAAAGGAUUUCCUUCCGGAUACGAGGUGCGCCCUGCUCUCCAGGUGCCUUUGGUUCGGCAGGCCUGGGUUUGUUGACUUAUUUCCAGCCUCGUCUCCUUCCCAGACACACACAGAUAUGUGCCCCCCCUCCCCAGUUCUUCUCCAGGAGCGACCCUGCUCCUCUCCCUCUCCCCUCCUUAUUCCUUGGGCAUCUUCGCCGCCCCAUCGCUCUCCCAACUCCUCCUUUGGGCGACCAUUGGCACCGCGGUGCCCCAUCCAUCUGCCGGGCUCCGGAGGUGGGGAGGGCGCGGAAGGCGUGGGGGGGGGGGUGUUGUUUGUAACUUUGCUGCCUCGGUGGCGGCGGAUCCCAGGGGAGAAGGCCCUCCGCCGCUCUCUCAUUGGACGCCCGGCCGUCAGCUGGUGCUAUUUGCUGCUGUCGCUUUUGGCGCUCGGCCAUCCAGAAACAAACCCCUCGCAUGACUACUAAUAGUUAUAGCCAGAUGUACUAAUACACAACAAAUCACGGGUAUAUUCCGGGGACCUGGGGAGCUUCCAUGAGUUCCUAUUUCGUGAAUCCCCCUUUCCCGGGGAGCUUGCCCAAUGGGCCAGAGUCUUCCUUCCUGGGGCAGCUGCCCCUCUACCCGGCUGGCUACGAGGCGCUGAGGCACUUCCCCACCUCCUAUGGGGCCGGCAGCUUGCCGGACAAGACCUACCCCUCCCCUUGCUUCUACCAGCAGUCCAGCAACACCACGGUCAUCUCCUGCAACCGGGCGUCCUACGACUAUGGCGCCUCGUGCUUCUACUCGGAGAAGGAGCUGGGCGGGGGUGCCUCCUCCUCCUCGCCCCUCGGAGGGGCCAAGCCACGGGCCCACCACCCAGGGGACUACCUGCCCUGCUUUGCCAACCCCGAGCAGCCCUACAAGCCCGAGGGUGCCCCCCACAAAACCCUCAACGAGGAAAGCAGCGACCGGAAGUACUCCAACCCUGUUUAUCCCUGGAUGCAAAGGAUGAACUCCUGCGCGGGUACAGUGUAUGGGACGCACGGGAGACGGGGCAGACAGACCUACACCCGGUACCAAACCUUAGAAUUAGAGAAGGAAUUCCAUUAUAACCGCUAUUUAACCAGAAGGCGACGGAUUGAGAUUGCAAACGCCCUCUGCCUGACUGAACGACAGAUUAAAAUCUGGUUCCAAAACAGGAGGAUGAAGUGGAAAAAAGAAAGCAAAUUGAUCAAUUCCACCCAGCCCGGCGAAGAAUCAGAGGAGAAGCCAGGGGAGUAAAAAUGAUGCUUUUCAGAAAAGUUACCACCUCUUUCCUUAGGAGUCCCCAUGCCUCUCGGUUGUGCUCCUUCUUCCAGUACAAUCCUCUACAAUUAUUAUUAUUAUUAUUAUUAUUAUUAUUAUUAUUAUUAUUAUUAUUAUUAGCCUGAGGACUCUCUCAAAGGCUUGAUUAAAAUAUAUGCCUAUUUAUAGCUCUCUCUAUAUUUGCAAUUAACUGUGAAAUCUUCUGUCUAUAGCAUUAUUGACUGUAAAAGUGCGUGAUGUACAUAGUCGGGUCUACAACGUAUAGGGUGUUUGGAGUCUAGUUUUUUGUACAAAAUGCGUCCAGUGUUCCACAUCUAUGUCUCUUUGAAAGCCGGCUUGGCUUCUAGAAACACAUAAAAGGCCAGUAGGUUCAAAGGGAAAGCUCCAAUUUCUAGAGUUCUCCAGUCUCUUAUUUAUGACUCUGCUGCUAACUAGACUUAUUGUUGCUUAUUGUUCUCCCCCUUUUCAUCUCAGACCAAAACCCAUUUAUUCCCGAAAUUUCAGCUGAUUUCAAGGGGACUUAUUUAAAUAAGUUGCCGCCAUGGCAACUUUGAGGAAUUAGAAGGUUAUGGAUUGGGAAGCGGGAAAGAUGUAUUUCCUCGCAGGUAUAAUGUAAAUAUAGAAUUAGAGUCAACUCUCCUCUCUCUCUCAAUACAAAAGGAAGGGGACGUUUCAGCAACCUUUUUGUUGGAUGGAGAUGUUGCUAAAAAUCAAUGCAAAAUAGAAAUUCAAAAUUUUAAAAAUACUCAAAAGUCUUGCCUUUCUUCCCUAGAGUCAAACUACAGGGUGGAAAAAAUAUUUUAAAAUUGGAGGGAGUGUAUCUAUCUGCAGGCCAGCAGUGAGUAAAAUAAUUAUGAAUAAUAAAGUUUUAUUCUUCCA